GUCGACCUUUCGCAAGUCGGCGCCAAAGAAGCCGCAGAGAUAGAAUCGGCCGAGCACAAAGCCCUUGGGUACCGUCCGCCCAAAGACUCGCUCGCCGCCGCAGCCAAAUCCGCCGCCGCCGAGCACCCGACCGCGUCCGCCGGCCUACCCAAAUCGCAGCUCGCAGAAGCCGCCCGCGAAGACGCGCUCCGCACGGUCGCCGCGACGGGAGGCGUGGGUGGUGUCGGCCUGGACAGCGUCGGCGAGAAGGACGCGCGGACGAUCCAGAGCGAGGAACACAAGGCGCUCGGCUACCGCCCCCCGCCCGGCUCGCUCGCCGCCGAAGCGCAAUCCGCCGCCGCGAAGCACCCCGCGGCGAGCACCGGCCUGCCCGCGGAAGCACUGCGCGCCGUGGCCGACGUGGACGCGCUCGCGACCGAGCUCGAGCGCGCGCCGGGGCUGGAGAACGUUGGCGAGGACGACGCGCGGACGAUCCAGAGCGCGGAGCACAAGGCGCUCGGGUACCGCCCGCCUCCGGGCACGCUCGCGGCCGAGGCGCAAUCUGCGGCCGCGAAGCAUCCCGAUGCCCAUAUGGGCUUGCCGAAGGAGGAGCUGCAGGAGGCGGCGGUGGUGGACGCGGCGUUGACGGAG